CGAGGAAUGUCAGAGAGUUGUCGCCAUCGUUUUGGAGCGAAAGAGCGACGAUUUUUCUUUUCUCAGAGGCUGAUAUCUGUUGCUAUUCAAGCCGCAGCUAGUCUUUCAGAAAAUUUUUAGUGAGACGCAGUGGCUGGACGACAAGAGGUAGAGUACUGAUAAUUGAUUUGCCUUUACACAUGAUUUCCAAAUAAAUGUCGGCACGAGAUAUGCAGUGACUCAGGUCGGUCAGCCUGAUGAUUUUCGUACAAGAUACUGCACCCCUUCGGUAACGUGUAAAACGCUCAAGACGUUCGGACCGUAGCCAGUAGCCUCGUACAGCAUGCCUAGCCUAGUAGGAUCGUACAGCCUAAGCCUAGCCAGCCUACGCCUAUGCUUAUGCCUAUCGUGAGUAUUUCCAUCCUCACAGUGUAAAUGAGUAACCCCGCGCGGAUACUCAACGGACGAAAAUCAUCCCUACUGGAUUCCGCUCCUGUUUUGAUGUGUUCGAGACUUACACAAAAAAUGACCAAAAAGAAGAACUCGCCAUGAUGGAAAGCUCGUCAUGAUGGAAAGUUUGAAAACAAAAAGCGUGGUAGAGGCGGAAGAAGCUGAUCAGACGCGCUGUGAAGAGCAUCUUCCGUUGCUUCCCCAAUCCCAAGAUGUUGAUGCCACAAGCAACGCGCCGCGCCCGCGAGAGGACAAGCAUCAGGACGAGGGGCAUGUUCCACGUGUCUCUGCCCCUAGAGAGUUAGACGGGGUCGCAUCCCCAUCAAGACGGCGAGAGCAGAAGAACGAACUGGCUGCUGGGUCGGCUGCUUACGACGAAGGUCUUUGUUCCACUUCGGAAAUGGGCGGUGCACGCGCUGCCGUCUCUCCUGGCAAAUCCAGCUGGCCGGGUGUUGUGUUUGCGGUGUCAGUCGUCCUCGUCGUGUUUGCCGGUUUGAGGUACAGUUGUGUCGCCCGCAGCUUGCAACCCAGUUCCAUCACUGUUUUCCGCAACCUGCGCGGUACUAUUCCCCCUGCUGCUCGAGAGGACCGCAAUUAUCUGGUCCACCGUCGUGCGCUCCUCGAAGAUGGUGGCACAAAAGCUCCUGCCAGGUCGCUCGAAGUUGACGCUGGUCGUGACAAGGUGGACAGCACGGAGGCUGCCAGUUCCCCGGUCCUCGUGUCGAACCCGCCGACACUUAACGACGGUAUUGUUCAGCAAGAGAAUGUCGACUUCGUCCUCGGAAUGAUGCGACACGUCUGGAGUGGGUACAGGACGGCCGCGUGGGGCCACGAUGACGUCAAGCCGGUUUCGGGCGAAGCUUCGGACUGGAUCGGGUACGCGGUGCAGGUGAUCGAGGCGCUGGACACGUUGUACUUGAUGGGCUUGCAGCCCGAAUUCACCGAAGGCCUGUUCCUGUUGACGAACGCGACGACGGUUGCUGGUUCAAGAAAACUUUCGCUGCCUAACAUCCGCAGUGACCGGACAUCAGCUGCUUUUCAUCAAAGGAAUACCACGUUCAUUUUGGGCGAAAACGCGGCAGAUCGUCCUCCCAUGUGCACGUUUGAGAUCGUAAUUCGUGCACUAGGGGGCUUGCUCGGAACAGCAGAUUUGCUUCGGAUCGAUCCGCGCGGUUGGGCAGACGGAAUAUCUCCCACUUCUAGUGCUGCUGAUGAAGAGGGGAUGUUGGCAAACAUAGCCAUUCAGUCUGUAGUGCCGGCACUUGAGACCACAGCUCGCUCUGGAAAAGGCAUAUUAAAGACUCCUACGCCGACUGCAGUGACGCAUCUUGCCUCGUUGGCGAGGGAGGUUGGCGUCGAUUUGCUCGACUACGCUUUUCCGAAUGUCGGUGAAAACCGGAUCCCCUUCCCUCACCCCGCCUUGCAGCUGGACACACAUGCCACUGAGAAUUGGGGGAACACGCAUUUUCUGGCCGAGGUGGGCAGCAUCCAGUUAGAGUUUCGCGCGCUGGCCAACCAGCAAGCGGCCCCCGAACUGUGUGCAAAGCCAGACCAGGUGCUGGCGGGAAUUCUGCGCAACGCCUACCGCGGACGCACGGAAAAUCAACUUCCCGCAGUUAUGGAUGGUCGCGCGUCGCAGUACGGCAGUACUACGGGGCUGCUGGGCAGCAAGAUCGUGGAAAAGUAUCAUCGUGAGGACAACUCUUUGACUCUGUCGUUUUCCGGGCGCGUGUCUCUUUCGGCAAGGUCUGACUCCUUCUACGAGUACCUGCUAAAGCUGUGGCUUUUAGGUGGCAAGCGCGAAACGAACUUGUUAUCGAGCUUCGCGCAGUCAGUCCGUGACGCGCGGCACCUCCUCAUCCGCGAAAGCGCCGACGGGACUGCUGCGUUUCUGGGAAGUUAUGAGGACGGCAAUUUUCAGGCGCGCAUGGACCAUUUGUCCUGUUUCUUUCCGGGAACUCUACUGCUGGCCGCACACGAGGCGUCUACGUCCGAAGCAGCAAAAACGGCUGUGGCGCCAGACGAGAUUCGUACGUGGCGAGAGCUGGCGCGGAAGCUUCUUCGUGUGUGCGUGCGGAUGUACACGGAAAACGCCCCGUUGUUUUUGGCACCGGAGUACGUCGAUUUUGAUGCCACACAGAACCAACUGCAUUUCGACGACGUCCGCCGAAAUUCCGGCGGUCGGAAAAAUUUGUUGCGGCCGGAAACCCUAGAGUCGCUGUACUACUUGCGGUACUUUGCGGCCGCUUUCGGGGGGGAGGCACAGAGCGUGGAGUUGGAAGCGCAAAAAAAUGGCAUGCAAAUACUGAAACAGAUGACGCGGGCAGGAAAAAGUCGCUUCGGAUUCUCCUCCGUCGACACGGUCACGGGAGCGAAGACCGAUUCCAUGGAAAGCUUUUUCGUCGCGGAGACACUUAAGUACGGGUAUUUGUUGCAGGCCCCCCGGUCGACGUUGGAUCUUUCGACGUUCGUGCUCUCCACUGAGGCUCAUCCCUUCCUACGAAGUACGCCGGAUGGUGAUAAUCCUUCGGUUGCUCCCGGCGUUGCUGCGGACCGCGAAAUUUCGUCAUGAUGAGCCUUUUCUUUUUCCCAAAGGCAACGAUAAAGAAUUUAAGAAUACAGACGAGCAAUAAUUGAUGAAUAUAGUAUUUGUGAAUGUAAAUGUAUGAUAUGAAGAUCCCCCCUGUCUGUUUCUUUUGGGGGGCGUUUUUUUUAGCGUUUCUGAUUCAUUUCAGUUCGCUUCUUGAUGAAGAACUGAAGUGUCUGCAAAGCAGGAGUUGUGCAAGAAUUAGCAAUGCCGACACCCAGCCUGAUGUUCAGGUGAAAGAGAACGUGACAAUGAUUCAGAACAAAAUGUACGACUCGAGCUAUAAAACAAUUUUAACACAAUUAUCAAAAGUGUGCGACCUCCUCAGGAGAGAGCGGAG